AUGGGAAUCCCCGAAGAAGAUCGUUUAAUUCUCGGUCUAAUCUAUGCUUCCACCUCGAUUUCCUCACUUUUCCUCAAUCUACUCAUCCUCGCCGUUCUCUGUAAGAUUUACACCUUCAAUUCGUCUCUUUUCUGGGCAUCGACAUGGUUCCCGAAAAUCGAGACUCUUCCACAAAAGGGUGUGAUCGUUUUCCUCUUGAUCGCCUCUUUGCAUCGACUUUACCUUUUUGUCUACCCACAAAUGGAGGCCUAUUGCUUUCGAGAAUACGCGAGUAUUAUUUGGCGCUUCCUCGGCUGGGUCUACAUCAUUCUCAACACGUUUAGCGCUGAUUUUAUCGGCUGUAGUCGAGUGUUUUCAUAUCAAAGUUACUACUAUUAUUGGAUUUGCGAGCCGACACCGAUUGCUGAAUUCUAUAUACCGAUGAUUCAAAUGGAGAAUUACAUGUGUUUGGUUGUCAUCCUUUUCCUCUUGAUUACCAUUUAUUUCUAUGCGAAAAUCCUCAAGAAAUCCGUUCAAUACAACAAAAAGGGAUUCCACGAGAAAAAUGUUCUCUUACAGAAUCUAAUCUUUAUCGAAAAUGUGCUUGAAAUUUUGAUUUGUAACAUUCAUCCAAUUUCUUAUCUGCUAUUCAAUCGAAAAGUACGAAAUCAUUUGAAAAGGUUAGCUUGCUUGAAAAAUCGAGGCGGUGGCAAAUUUCAGCGUAACUCCCGUUACAUCUCUCCCGUGCCAACCUCUAAUUAUGUCUCCUAUGAGCAACUGUGUCAGCCAGCCAGUCCAUUGCAACCCCCAACCGCAUCGAGAGUUCUCCGAAAUCGUCAACAAGCAAAGCUCAUCUCAACAAGAUCCGUC